CGCACAAAGCUCAGCAAACUCCUUUUCCCCGCCCUCUUUCGCGACUUCCCCAGGAGGCGUGGUUUAACGUCCCCAUUUUCUCCUACCACUCUUGCCUAGGACAUGGCGACUCCUGGCCCUGUGACUCCGGGGGUACCCAUUGAUACAUCGCAACCCCCAGUCAUUGAGGGCUUUAGCCCCAGUGUUUACAGCAGUGCGGAAACCUUCAAGGAAAAAUUCCUUCGCAAGACCCGCGAGAACCCAAUGGUACCCAUAGGCUGCCUAGGCACGGCGGCCGCCCUUGCUUACGGCCUCUACUGCUUCCACCGGGGUCAGAGCCAUCGCUCCCAGCUCAUGAUGCGCACCCGGAUCGCCGCCCAGGGCUUCACGGUCGCAGCCAUCUUGCUGGGUCUAGCUGCAUCCGCCCUGAAGUCUCGACCCUGAGCCCGCGGCCUGGCCUUGAAAGCUCCGCGGAGAUCAUUCCCAGCCCCAGGAGCUACCACCGGUCCUGCCACCGGACUUACACCCUCAUCCCCCCUGACAAGCCCCUGUGUCAAUGGAGGAGGAGGUGGCGAAUUGACUAACCGACAGAUUUCUUCCCAGGUUAUCUCGGGUUUGGUUCAGUUUGGGCGUUGAAUACUUCUAUUUGUGUGGCAUCUCCUCCAAUCCCUACUUAAUAAACUCUGAUCCACUUACA